GUAUACGUUUUCAGCCUCAUAGCAACUGAGAGACAGGUGCAUAGCAACAAUACAUCAAUACGCGCUUUGCUUUGGCUUUGGAGCACUUCCUACAUACACGAAACACAACAUAAGGAGAAAGAAAGAAAGGUACAAACAUGUCGAUAGCACUCUCACAGCCCCGCCAUGUAUUUGGCAUGAAGGGGGAUGUCUCUGGCAACAUCAGCUAUGUUGACGAACAGACAGUGGUCUACCCUUGUGGUAGCAACAUCAUUCUCUACAACAUCGACCAAAAGACCCAGCGAUUCAUACCAGGAUCGGACAAGAGCUCUGGAUUCUCUGCCACAUGCGUCAGCCCCAACAGAAGGUAUAUCGCGGUUGCAGAAAGAGGGUCAGACAAGGCACUUAUUACCAUCUAUGAUCUCCACUCCCUGAGGAAAAGAAAGGCCCUGAGCUCCACUGACAUCCAGUCCAAUGAGGUAGUCAGCAUGGCCUUCUCUCCAGACUCCAAGUAUCUGAUUGCCCAGGGGGGCAGGCCAGAGUGGACCUUGGUCUAUUGGACCUGGGAAAAGUCCAAAGUGAUGGCUGUGACAAAGACUACAAAUCCGGCUAAUAAUGACAUCUACCAGGUGUCAUUCAACCCCCAAGAUAACACCCAGAUCUGCGUCGUUGGUAAUGGCAUCUUCAAGCUCUACCGCUACAGUGAGGGGAACCUCAAACAGUUUGCUUUCCAGAAGCUUGAACCUCAGAACUACCUCUCCCAAGCAUGGGUCUCGGAUGAGAGGGUGAUCGUAGGCACAGACAUGGGCAAGCUCCUGCUGUUUGAGGCUGGAGAGCUUAGGAAUGAGAUGACGGUCCAAGUUAGCUCCAAGCAAGAUGCCGAUAAAUCUGCAAUGGGCACCAUUACUGAGAAUGAGGGGACCGGAGCUGCCGGCACACCUCGGAUCACUGCUAUCGUCUCAUCAUCUAAAGGAUUCGCGUGCUCAGCUGGUCAUGGGGUUGUAGUCGUCUAUGAGAAAACAGAGGACAAGGAUUCGUACAAGAAAUCCAGAGAGAUACGGAUUGUCAACAAUGCUCUAGGAGCAGAUGACAGCAGAGCGGAGAGCCAUGAGAUAAGAACUCUGACUAUCAGCCCAUCCGAGGAAACCUUAAUCGCCAGCACACUUACAAAUCAGCUCUAUGCCAUCACGCUGUCCAGUGCAGAGAUUGGCAAGGGAGACCAAGCAACAUUUGAAGUUCUAUCCCAGCCGUUCCAUUUUGAUAUAAUCACCGGCCUUGAUGUGUGUAUCAGAAAGCCUCUCGUAGCAACUUGCUCCACAGACAGAUCUGUGCGUGUUUGGAACUAUGAAACAUGUUCACUGGAGCUAUACAAAGAGUUUCAGGAGGAGGCCUACAGCAUCGCUCUUCAUCCAUCUGGUCUCUACAUCCUGGUGGGUUUCAGUGAUAAGCUUCGUCUGAUGAAUCUACUCAUCGAUGACAUCAAGAAGUUCAAGGAAUUCCCCAUCAGAGGAUGCAGAGAGUGCUCCUUCAGCAAUGGUGGUCAUCUGUUUGCCGCUGUGCAUGGCAAUGUCAUCCAGAUCUACUCAUCAACAACAUUUGAGAAUGUCUCCAAUCUCAAAGGCCACAAUGGAAAGGUGAGGUCCGUUAUAUGGAGCUCCGAUGACAGCAAGAUCAUCUCUUGCGGUAUGGACGGUGCUGUAUAUGAAUGGAAUGCCUUCUCAGGCAAGCGAGAGGGUGAGAGUGUCCUCAAGUCCUGUAGCUAUACCUGUGUGACCUCCAGCCCCGAUGGAAAGGUCACCUUUGCCGUGGGCUCUGACAGGACCCUCAAGGAAAUAUCAGAUUCACAGAUCCUUCGUGAAGUGGAUUCUAACGAGACCACUCUCUCUCAAGUUGUCAUGUCACAUAGUGGGCGGAUGUUGUUCGCUGGUACCGGUAACGGGACCCUGCGCUCCAUGAAGUUCCCUCUCACUGUACCAGGUGAAUGGCAGGAGCAUAUGGGACAUGGAGGAGGCAUCACAAAGAUGAGGAUCACAUAUGAUGACCAGUACCUCAUCACCAUCUCAGAGGAUGCAGUACUUAUGAUCUGGAAGAUCAAUGAUAAAGAAGGACGUGGUCUCAAGAGAACAGACAAGGAGGUUGGCUACGCGGAGGAAAUCCUCAUCACCAAGACCGACCUAGAAGACAAGAACCAAGAGAUGGGCGAGCUGAAGCAGCGAGUGGAGGAACUCAAGAUGGAAAACGAAUACCAGCUGAGGCUGAAGGACAUGAACUACAACGAGAAGAUCAAGGAGCUGACGGAGAAGUUCAUCCAAGAGAUGGAGUCUCUCAAGACCAAGAACCAGGUCCUCAAGACAGAGAAGGACAAGGAGGAGGCCAAGCACGACGAGGAGCUGGCGGAGACGAUGGAGAAGCAUGCCAAGGAGCUUCAGGAUCUUGAAUCUGCCAACAACCAGAAAUUGAUGAUAGAGUAUGAGAAGUACCAGGAGCUGCAGUCUAAGAGUCAGAAGAUGCAGGAGGAUUACGAGAGACAGCUGGCCGAGAUGGAAGAAUCCAAGGAGCAGGCCCUGGAGGAGCUCACCGAGUACUAUGAGACCAAGCUACAGGAGAAAACAACACUCCUGGAUCAGGCCACAGAGGAGUCCCGUCAGCAGCAGCGUGAGUAUGAGGAGACCAAGAAACAGAUUGAAGAGGAUGCUGAUAGGGAGAUCUUAGACAUCAAGAACAAGUAUGAAAGAAGACUGAGAGACGAGAAGGAAGCUAACAUGAGACUCAAGGGAGAGACAGGCAUCAUGAGGAAAAAGUUCACCAGUCAGCAGAAGGAGAUAGAGGAUCACAAGGAUGAGAUCAAGAAGCUUCAGAAUGAGCAGACCAAGCUUCAAGGUGUCAUCAAGUCACUGGAGAAGGAUAUCUAUGGGCUCAAGAAGGAGAUCCAAGAGAGAGAUGAGACCAUUCAAGAUAAGGAGAAGCGCAUCUAUGACCUGAAGAAGAAGAACCAGGAGCUCGAGAAGUUCAAGUUUGUCCUGGACUACAAGAUCAAGGAGCUGAAGAAGCAGAUCGAGCCCAGGGAGAACGACAUCAAGGACAUGAAGGAGCAGAUCCAGGAGAUGGAGAGCGAGCUGGAGCGCUUCCACAAGCAGAACACCCAGCUGGAGCUGAACAUCACCGAGCUCAGGCAGAAGCUCAAGGCCACCGAGAAGGAGAUGCUGAUGGAGAGACAGAAGGUGCGAGACAUGGAUGCCAUCAGCAGGCGAUUCAAGACAGAUCUUCACAACUGUGUAGGCUUCGUGCAGGAGCCCAAGAAGCUCAAGGAAAGCAUCAAGGCACUCUACCAGAAGCAUGUACAGGAUGACACAAUGGAGUCGGCCAGCGUUGAUGCAGACAUCCAGAGGGAGUAUAGCAGACAGAGGAAACAUCUGGAGCAGAGCGUAGCCUCCCUACGUAAGAAGCUCACCAAGGAUACAGAGAUCCAUAGAGCAGAUAAUGUCAGAAUCAUGCAGGAAAAUGUUUCACUGAUCAAGGAGAUCAAUGACCUGAGGAGAGAGCUCAAGAUUGCCCGCACCCAGGUCCACGAUCUGGAGGCCGCCCUCGGAAUCAACAAGAAGAACAAGACCCCCGCCCAAGAUCUGACCUCCGUACCCAACGGAUCCAUCGUCUCCGGCCUAGCCUCCAGAGAGGGUCGCAACGACGAGAACGUCAAGAUCAUCGAGAUGCAGCGAGAGGAGAUCCGUAAGCUGAGGACCGCACUUACAGACGCAGAGCAGUUUGCAACGCAGAGACCGCCGUCAGGUGCGAGGCUCCCUCCUGUACUCGCACAAUAGUUGAUGUAUACAACCUGUAUGUAGAGUAUAUUCUAGACUUUAUUGUAGAUUCUUCAGAAUCACUUGGAGGUGUGAGACGCUAUAGUUUUUUCCCCUCCAAAAAAAAGGAUUUAUAUUGAUGCCAGGCUCAUGAAUCACCUCACCUAUAUUCUAGAACACAAAGAAUCAUCCUUUGGGUUGAUAACUGAAGCUCCCAAUCGUUGGAGAGUUAAUUGCGCUGUUCUUUCAAAUUUGCAUACCAUUUUGAAUAUCACCUUGUCAAAGAUUCAACAUAUUUUUCACAUCAUUCCUUGUUUUACAUCAGUCAGCCUUCCAAGUUUACUCCAUAUUCUUGUAUGGAAUCCUCACACCUUGAAACAGAAUGCAACCAACUGUGCCUGAAUGCAUUGUUAAGAUGACAGAUCAUGUUAACGUUCACACAUUAGUGCACAUUUGCACUUUGAUGUCUCUCUUGCAAAUUCAAGAUAACUUAAGUCAUUGUCAAGGAAGAAUUAAAGACAGGUGUAAAAGAAAACAAUGAUACAUUGUCUUUGCCAGCAUUGUAAACUUUGAUUCUUUUCCAAGGGUUGUGUCUCAUGAAAUGAGUCAUUGGACUGAACCUUGCAAAAGAAGAAUGAACAUUAUCAGCAUUUAAUUAAAUUUGCUUCUGUGACAGUUUAUUCUCAUACUCUAUUCAGGGUUCUUAUUCCUUACAAAUGUUUAGAUCGUUUGUCCAUUUUCUACUGAAAUUUAAACCAGACAGUGGGUCUAAAAGCUUUGUCUAAAUUAAAGUUUCAAGAAAUAAAGUAGACCUAGAUUUAAAAAAAAAAAAUUGGUCCCUUUAUUAACUGGUGUAACUGACUGAUGAACCUAGUUCAUAGGCAUUGGCAUUUACUCAAGCAAUGAUUGUACGGAUAACACAUUGCAUGGUUUGUAACCUCAGCCGUAAGAAGGAGGAGCAUCUUUAAACCAUGUGCACCCAUGCCCUUUACCAUGGCCAGCAUAGGUCGCAGGCAGCCAAAGUCAUUCAGUUUUCAUGGGCCUGUAAAUUGAUCCUCGUGGUAUGUGGGUGGUAUUACUUCAUAGGCAGAGCUGACUCCAGUGAUCUGUUCCAUCAAAUAAAUGCCUUGCUGCCAUGAUGCUUCGACUAACAGAUUAUGAAACUUUUUGAAAAAUUGGCUUCCAAACAGAUAUUCCAGUGCGUAUUCACACAAGAUAUUACCUGUCUUUCAAACUGCCUUUACAGUGUGAUGCAACUUUCCACCUUACCCAAAAACUUUAUAUAAAGUUUAUGAUGUACUGUGUAAAGACAUGAACUGAUUCCUGUCUCUAUCUCUCUUACUCACACUUGAUGUUAUUAAUUAAACUUUGAACAUUAUUUCCUCACAAAUGACACAUUGCUUUUAACUAGAGAUAAGGAGAACACCUAUUAAACGUUUUUGAAUUACAACAAAAUGAAGAAAUCAAAAGAAGAUGUUUUGCAAAAUUGAGAGAACAUCAAUUUUGGAAAGAAAGUCAUUGGACCUGCAACACCCGAUUAAUGUAAGCAGCCUAGAAACCGAAUAUACAACCAAUUUUGGAACUGGUCAUGUGACUCAAUCUUUCAUAUAAUCUAAAAACAUCCUCAAAAGAAACUGAAUAUUUAAAAACAACAGUGAGCACAGCAAUGAAAGCUAGGCACUGCACUUUCCAAACUCAUUUUUUUUUUUGUAUUGAACUUUUUAUGAUGUUGUAGGCUUCAAGCUAAACAAUGGAUCUCUCCAAAUUAUGAACUUGUGAGUCAUGCACAACAAAGUUGUUAAUUGAUAGCUUCCUAUCUGUUUAGAUGGCAAGUCUGUUUUACUCACCAUGAGGUGUGGGAGAGAGAGAGAGAGAGCAAGCAAGAUAUGUGCUGUCAGCGAGACCAUAACAUGAGACCAUGUGAAACCAAGCACUUAACAUUCCAAAAUGUUCUCGUACAUGUCUGCUUGUCAUCGAGUUAAAUUAUUCCUGAAUGAAAUGUUCAUAGAUCUUUUUCAUUACAUCAUUUUCUGUGGUAUGUACUUUCUAUCUUGUAUUUUGAUAGAAAAAUGUGUGCAAGUUUGAAUUCAAUAUUGCUCAUAUCUCAAGAUUUGCACAAACUGCUCAAUUUUGUAUAUCUCUUGCAAAAUUUCUUUUUUAGGAUAGAUAGUGCGUCGCUGAAUGCAAGUUUGAUUAUUGAAAACUGAAUGUGCAUGAGAACAGACCCAUUUAUUUAAGAUGGUAAUGUUCACAUGCAAAGCUGUAUAUGAAAAUUUCAAGAUUUACACGAGACAAUGAAUCUCUGAAGUAAUGACACAUGCAUCCUCUUGAACCUUGAUUAUAUUUAGAUUACUAUCUCCCACUAAUAAUGAUGAACUCUUUCUAUCUGUUGGCUCACUUUUUGAGCCAAAAUGGGGCAUAAGGCUUUCCACAGCAUAUUCAUUGUUGAGCCUAUGCUGAUUUAGCAAGUGUUGAAGUGAUCGGUGCUGAUGUCAUACAUUAAUAUGGGAGGAAGUAUGGCACGUGAAGAGAAAGAGGAACAUUCUUUUGUUUUGAGUCAUAUAACCGCACUUCCUGUCGCAAGUUAUGAAUCAA